UUUUCAUUUGUGAGGUUAUGUUUACCUCCUAAAGACUCUUACUCUUAUCAUUACCAUUCCUCCCCCUGUCAAAUCGAACUCAAACUCAAACAUUUUCGUUUGGAACAACUAAUUUACUAUCACCGUAGACAAAUAGUUCUUACUAACUCGCUAGGAACGUCCAACCGAUGUUACUGUCUCGAUGAUUUAGAGUUUGUAUGCAUCCUACGCGCUGCUGUGUCAUUUUGAAAUGGUCAACGACUCAGACACCCUAAUUUCGUUGAAACAGCUACUAGAAGAAUUUUAUGGCAUCGGAACGAGUAAUGUGCGAAAGAGAGAAAUUGAAACGCUCUUGUCAGAUUUUGGGAGACAGAGACAUGCAUGGAAGCAAUGUUUCUAUUUCAUGUCUCAUUCAGAUAAUCAGUACAUUUGGAUGUUUUGCCUAACCAAUGUAAUUGAGACUGUCAUAACUCAACGCUGGAUCAGUCUAGAGUCAAAUGAGAGAGCAGAGCUACGAUCGUUUCUGUACAAUGCUGCCGUGUCACCAGAUAGCACCAUUCCUCUAUUCAUCAGAAACAAGCUCAUUAAGCUGAUGUGUAUUAUUGCUAAGUUCGAUUGGCCCCACUUUUAUCCAGAUUUUUUCGUCAACAUUAUCAAUCUGAUACAAAGCAGAACCACAACCAAAGUAGGACUUUUAAUACUAAAAACUGCAUCCGAAGAGUUAAUAACUUUGAAAGAAGAUAUAAGCGCCUCGAGGAAAGAAGAAUUGCAGAGGCUUUUCCAAGCCCAUCUACCGCAAGUGUUCACAAUUUUAACUGCUGUUUUAGAAAGCAGUAACAACAAUGAAGAUACAUGUGAAUUAGCUCUAGAAACUUGUGCUCAUCUGUUCUCUUGGGCACCUCUCGGUCCUCAUUUCACACCAUCUCUUCUUCAAAUUGUCUUCAAUUUCACCUCUGACCGGGGUGAUUUAGGAGCGGUGGCUUUAAGCGCCUUGAAUGAGAUUCUGUAUAAAAAUUGUGUUCCUGUGACAAGUUUACCUUUAAUCUUGUGGCUGUGUGAACAAGCCUGCCAUCUUCUUCAGAACUUAGUCAAAAUAGAGAACUCUAGUUGUUCUUACAACUUUUCUCUGAAGUUCAUUGAUUUGAUAAAGCAAGUCAUAGUUACUCAUUGGCAUCGAGUUGAGUCGAGCCCAAACUUCCCAGCGAAAGAGUUUUUAUUGGCAUUCCUCAGAUUUACUUUCCAACAAACACAUGUUGAAUUCUACUAUGACUGUCUAGACACCUGGUGUUCAUUUCUGGAUUACUUACAACUUCAAGACUGUGAUCAUAUUUUAGAGUAUGGAACAAUUUUGUUAAAACUGGUAAGAGACUUACUGGUUUACUUGAACCAAGAAAAAGAACUCUCCAAUGACAGUUUAAAUCAAGAUGAAGAAAGUCCGAAGCAAGAGUUUGUUAGACUUACUGUUGGAGUAAUCGAAAAAGUCUGUGAUGUUCUUCCGUCUCAAGAAGAAGUUUGUAGCAUGGUGUAUGAGCAGUGGCAAUCUGCUUGUGCAAUUUACACCAACGUCCUCUCAAGUAAUGCAAAUCCCCAAACAAUUCAAGAGAAGGACUUGGCAUCUCUCUGCCUAAUUUUAUCAAAACUGCAUCCGUACCUGAAACCUACUCCAGCGCAGACUUCAAUAAUUUCCACUUUGGUGCAUCUUGCUUCUACCUCUACUCAGCUGAAGUUGUAUAGCGAUCCAUCUUACAGCAGUUAUAAAUACUUUUCAUCUACACUUCUUCGUAUACACUGUGAAUUAUUUGCAUCACUACACACCUGGCUAUCACAGAAUAGUGAAUUAGAUGAAGCAGUAUACCAAAAAGCCUUGUCAAGUUGUUUAGAAUACGUAUUGCCCCCGCAAAGCGAGCCACGGUUCACUCCAAUCACCCUUCAAAGAGCUGCCGCACAUUUAUUCUCUUGCUUGGCUUACAAACCUCAUCUUCUUCCACUUUGUUUUCAACCUUUAGUUGAUAAUCUUGCUCUUACUCACUUAGAUCCAAAAGCUCGGCUUGUUGUCCACGCUACACUUUUCAAAUGUAUACUAGCUCUUCAAAAUAUCUCAUUCAACGAGCGUUUAAAUAUUCUUACAAAUUUCUUCGGUACUCUAGUCAAAGUCGAAACACUUUCUCACCUGACAUCACUCCUGGAAUGUUGUAAGCCGGACAAACAAGCUGAAAAGAAGUUACUGUACGCAGCACUGCAGCCAAUCUUAGCAAAAAUCAUCACUGAAUUCCAUCAGCAACUGUCGCAAAAUUCUAAUGUUUGUGUUGACAUGUUAGCCUUGUUUUUGGAGGCGUUUAAAUCUCUUCACGACCAAAUGGGCUCCUCUUUUACAUCAGAAGCAAUAACAACACUAAUGGACUGUUAUAAUGGUAGUAAUAUCACUAUUGGUAUUGAUAAGUUGUUACAACUUCUAAUGUUCAUCGUUGAGCUCCCAAGUAGCGCUUUCAAACAUUUCGUUCCCUGCUGCAUCAAUCUAUGCAUGCAGCUCUUGCUGCCUGACAAUGGGACACAUGUCAAUCCCGAUAUCAAAGCACCAUUAUUCCAAUUAGUCUUCAGUAUACUUCUGCAUAAAUGGCAGUACUUCUACCAAAAUUCUUUAUACGAUGCUCAAGUUCCGGUGGAUAAAGUAGACAGCUUGAAAAAAGUUCUCACCGCAGUGGGGAUGUCCUUAAUGGAAUCAGACGUUACACUAUUUGCUGAAAAUCUCAAGUCACUUGAAGUCAUAAAUGAAAAAUGGAAACUCUACAGCAGAGAUUUUUUCAAGUCCAAUUUUUUAGAUUGUUUUUUGAAUGUCCUUCUUAACAUUCUGAUACAAAAAAGUCACUCCUUGCUCAUCGACGACAUUAUCACUGCUAUUUUUAACUUAUCAUCCGUAAAUUUUGAUAUUUUCUUUUCUCAUUUUAUUCCGGUAUUCCUCGAAAGUAUUGAAGGAUUAGAUGACAAUCAAAGACGUUCACUUCGACAAAAUAUGAGAACAGACACGGAUCUACCCAGUUUUUCGGUAAAUAUAUCCCGGUUCAUAAGUGAUAUCUGUAGGUAUUUAAUAUUCAAUGAUGCUAGAGCACCUUCUUGAUUUUUUUAACCUCUCAUCCAUUAUUUUGGUGAGCAAAAUGAAUAUACUAGGAAUUCAUAUUUUUAGGCCGAAUCUCCAAUUGGACCUCUUAUGCUAAAUAUUCCUAGUGGUGAAAAACUUUUGAGAGUUAGUAAAAAAGCUGUGAAAGUUCAAGUUUUUCUGGUCAAAAUGUUCAAGGUGGAUCCUCAAUUUCUCGAUCAAUGGAACUUCCAUGUGGCUUUGACAUAUGGACAAUGAAACUGCAGGAACGCGUGUAUAGUUAAGGGUAUUUCAAAAUCUAUGCUUCCUUCUUAUUUUAUCAAAGAAGAACAAGCCAAUGCUAUCGCUUGAAAUUUUCAAAGAAUAUUCUACACUCAGAGAAGAAAAAUUAGGGAAGUUUUCCAGGGAAGUACUGAAACGUCAAUCUGGGUUUCAUCAUUACUUGGCAUAUUCUUAUGAGGAAAUCAAUCUUUUAAAACCUUAAAGUAAACUCCAAGGAAUUUUUUCUAGAUUUUUAUUGAUAUUAAUGUAUCAGUAUUGAUGAUAAAUCAGGAGAAGUGCUUUUGAUUUAAUGAUAAAGAUACGUAUCAAAAAUGACUCUCAGCGAGAACAUCCCUUAGUGACCAAUUUAAAAACUGACUUCUCAGUUUUUUUUAAAAAAAAUGCCUUUCAAUUACUAAUAUUUAAGUCUUUGCGAUUUUACCCUGAAUGUAUUGCUUCUAAGAGGAUCUAUCUGAUAAGGGUCCCUUCAAUUUAAAGCCUAAGGAAAAAAUUUGGGGAAAAAAAUUUUAAAUAGAAAAAUAGUGACAUUCUUUGAAAUUUGGAUGCAAAUAAUGGUGCUAAUGUGAUAUCUUUUAUAAAGCAUUCAUUCCGUUAAAGUCGACAUUUGGUGUGAAUGCCACCGAAAGUCUUGAAUACCUUAAAUUAAAUCAGUAUGUUCUUUCAUCAAAAGUAUAUCAGUACUAGAGUCAAAUCUGUUAACAUCAAGUUUAAUAAUGCCUGCUUUAAUCCUAAAAAAGCUCUAAAAAUCGCAGUCAUGAUGGUGAAUUUAAUUCCAAUUAAGUUCAAUAUUUCAUUACCACGUAAGUAAUCUCACACCGUCUUUUUGCAAAUUUUUUUUUUUUUUGUUAGUUUGUUUGUUUACUUUAAAAUAUCCCUGAAAGCAUAAUCUUGCUCUUCCAAGUAAAGCCCUGCAAGAACAUUAUUUAGUUCAGAAUAAAUUUAAACAUAAAAGCAUAUUUUAUGGAAUGUCAAUAAAAUUGAACAAAAACGAAUUCAGAAACAGAAAAGUCUCAGGAAUUAUCCUAAUAAAAAUUAUAGUGCUUCGCUGUUAUGAACCUUUAAGAAGCAUAGUAAAGAAUUUUAGUAUUGGAGGAGCAUGCUGCAACUGACAUCUUGGUAUGAAAGAAUUUCAUUUCUAUAGUCUAGAGUCAAAUAAUCGUAAUUAAUUAUUUUUGAUAAACCGAGUUAUUUGCAUUCUUGAAGUACUGAGUUAGCGAUUCAUCCUUGUAAAAAAAAAUGGUUAUGAUUUGCAAUACCAAUGUACAGUACAAAUGUAGUUACUGUUCUUUGGCCCCUAACCAGUCGGACUGCAUUUUGCCAUAAGGAAGUACAAUAUCUGACCCAUCGAUAAAAACACCUAUCUGCGUAGGGAAACUAGUGGUACAUAUCAUAUGUUGCCUCCAAA